CUAUCAAAACUGCGGAAUCAACGACGCUGCCUUGUGGAAAGAGUUUCCUGUUUUUCGCUUGUUUCAGUGUAAUUUUGAAGAACAGCAGUGAUGUUGCAGAAAAAACCUGCUGGAGGAUUGUACGAUCCGAUGAUUAUUCCACGCGUAAAGCAGUAUCUGGAGGAAAAUGUUCACCAAACUUAUGUGGACGUUGGGGUUAUGGCCCGGGAGCUACAAGAGCGCUAUCGGGAGUACAAUAGAAGGAAGGCCGUGCCGUUUCGGAUGUUAGUGGAACAGGCGUAUAAAACCGUCCUGCAUAGUUACGGCUUGGACAGUAAUCCUUCCAGUGAAAACGAAGAUGACGGCAAUUCAGAUUUGGAAGUCAUGGAGGAAGGUGGUGGUAGCAAUGCAAACCAUAUGAAUGAUGCUCUUACUAACAUGUAUAUGAACAAUAAAAAUAAACCUACUGGCGGAAUGGCAGCUUCUGGAGGUGGCGGAAAUGAUGGUGAAGCGAUCGACAUUAGCAGUGACGAGGAAGACCAGGGUGGAAACUCUCGUGAUAAGGACAAAGCUGUUUCUACCACUUGCGACCAGAUGAAGUUGAUUGAAACUCAAAUUGCAUCUAAUAAGCAUAUAACUGUUACGAAGGUAGUUCGUGCCGACAAACCCAGGUCAGGGGAUGAAGCAGUUGAUUCCAGUAACGGCAGUACUAAUGGGCCUCGUAAGCAGCCACUUGAUACCAUUGCAGUACAGCAAGCUAAACGUAGGCGGCUGGAUCAGGCUCAGAACUCUGAAGUGAGCAAUAGUUCCAAUCCGUUGCUACAGCCCCAGCAGCCGGUCUUGCAGGUACCUCAGGUGCGUUCUGCAGGGCAUCAAAAUGGCAAGGUUCAAGCUGGUAAACCAGAAACGCCCGGUAAUCAGCGUACUAAACGAUUCAAAAAAGAAGUGUGGGCUCGCUUUGUUGAUACUAACUUUGAGGAUGUGGGCGGAAUGGAUCAUAUUCUACGCGAUCUUUGUGAGUUACUUCUUCACGUUAAGCACCCGGAGGUUUACCGUCAUAUCGGCUUACCGGCGCCGCGUGGAUUUUUGUUGCAUGGACCUCCGGGCUCCGGAAAAACUCUGCUAGCACAGGCAAUUGCGGGACAACUCAAAAUAGGUCUCAUUGAAAUUCCGGCAACGGAAUUAGUCGCCGGUGUUUCAGGUGAAUCGGAAGAACGAAUCCGUGAAGUUUUCGAGCAGGCAGCAAUUCUUUCGCCUUGUGUACUGUUCAUUGAUGAAAUCGACGCUAUUUCGGCUAAUCGUAUCAAUGCUCAAAAAGAUAUGGAACGACGUAUUGUUGCCCAGUUGCUGAGCAGUUUGGACGGACUGUCUAAGCUGGAAGGAGGCGAUGGCGUGUUAGUUAUCGGCGCCACCAAUCGACCAGACGCGUUGGACCCUGCAUUGCGACGAGUUGGACGUUUCGAUCAGGAGAUAUCUCUAGGCAUUCCGGAUCGUGAAGCGAGAGCGCAUAUCCUAAAGAUUAUUUGUCGAAAUCUAAAAAUUGAACAAACUAUUGAUUUUGAUGAGCUAGCCAAAUUGACUCCCGGAUAUGUUGGGGCUGAUCUGCUGGCUUUGGCUACCAGAGCAGCCACCACGGCAAUCAAAAGAAUGUUAACUGAACGUGAACGGCAGCAAUUGAUUGCGGAAGCUAAAAAACAGGUCGAACUUGAAGUUCUUCGUCGUAAGAGACAGCUGGAAGCCGCAACUGGCACGUUGAGAAAGGAAGAAGAUGAUGACGAUGUGGCAAUUAUGGAAGUUGAUGAAGCAGCAUCGCAAGUGGUCGCAAAAAAGGGUGGCAAUCUGAACGGGGAUGUUUCAGCGGAUGACGUUGUUGCUUUGGAGGAUGAUGUCGAAGAAGUGGUUAACUUAGACGAUGACAAAGAUGAUGUUCAAGCUUCCGCGGAAGCCGUUGAAAAGCAAGCUGUUGAGGAACCGAAGAUCGAUGAGCUUAAGGAGAACAAGGAUGACUCAGCGAAGAAGGAUGAAGUGGCUGCCACUGAAGAAAAGAAGGAACAAGAACAGCCUGAUUCGGCGGAAGCUAAGCCCGUUGAAGGUGAAAAAAUGGAUGACAGUGAAGCUACUGUCGCUGCAGUGAAAGAUGAUGGUGAGGCAAACGGAGAGAAGCCUGAUGAAAGCCUAAAAAAAGCGGAUAUUGAUGGAGAUGUAGAAAUGGUUGCAGAUAGUAGUACCUCUGGCGACAAAGUUGUAGCUGAAGAGGUUGAAGAAGAAAUUACUACACAAGCGGUUGAGAAAGUUCCAGCUGAAACCAGUGGCGCUGAGGAGAAGCCUGAAACAGAACCUGUUCAGGUAGAACAGACUAAGACAGCUGAAGAGCCUUCUUUUGAACAGAUGGAACAGGAACUGGAGGAGAAUGUACUUGCAGAUUCGGCUAUUAACUUCCCUCCUAAUAUGUUGACCUUGGAUAAACUACUAAACCUUCUGCUGGACCACUCUAAUCCUUUGCCAGACGAGGAGCUCGAUAGCUUAUAUAUUGAGAAAGAAGACUUUCUGCAGUCGAUCAAAUCAGUACAGCCAUCGGCCAAGCGGGAAGGUUUCAUUACGGUUCCGGACGUAACAUGGGAUGAUAUUGGUUCGCUUGUUGAUAUUCGUGAGGAGUUGAAGUUGGCUAUAUUGGCACCAGUAAAGUUUCCACAUCGUUUGAAGCUGCUCGGACUGAGCUCUCCAUCAGGAGUGCUACUUUGUGGUCCGCCUGGCUGCGGUAAAACACUGCUAGCAAAAGCCGUCGCCAACGAGGCCGGAAUCAACUUUAUAUCAGUAAAGGGACCAGAGUUGUUAAAUAUGUACGUCGGCGAGUCAGAACGCGCUGUGCGUCAGUGUUUCCAGCGCGCACGCAACUCUGCACCGUGCGUUAUCUUCUUUGACGAGUUUGACUCGUUAUGUCCAAAGCGUUCGGACAGUGCAGAAGGCGGUUCUGGAAUGCGUGUCGUUAAUCAAUUACUCACCGAGAUGGAUGGCAUUGAGGAACGAAAGGGCGUAUUCCUUAUGGCAGCAACCAACCGGCCAGACAUUGUUGACCCUGCCGUACUGCGCCCGGGACGACUCGAUAAAAUUCUGUACGUUGGACUACCGGCCGAGGCGGAUCGUAUCGAUAUUUUAAAAGCAUUGACAAAGAAUUGCACUCAACCUCCACUGGCCGAAGAUGUCGAUCUGAACGUCAUCGCGCGGUUAACUGAGGGAUACACCGGAGCCGAUUUGGCAGGUCUAGUAAGACAGGCUUCCCUGCAGACUCUUAAAGAUUCGAUAGCGGCCUGCAGUAGUGAGGAUAAUCAGACAGCCGAUUCCGAAGAGCAACUCAAAGUUGCGAUGAACCAUUUUCAAGCAGCGAUACGAAGUGUCAAACCGUCUGUCAAUGAAGAAGAUAAGAAACACUAUGAACGGUUGAAGGUAAAAUAUGGAACACCAACACAAUAAACUGUUUAAUUCAGUUUAUUUUGCGUAAGGACAUGAUUUAGCAUUUUAGUGAUUAAGAAUCGAAAUAUUGAUACAAACAUUACUACAUGUAGUGAAAAAAAAAUAAAUUAAACAGUGUUAAUUUCCUUAACAAUCGAAACAUUUGAUGCAAGGUUAUGUACCGCGUAGGAUUCUAGUACUCUUCACGGAAUAAUGGUUGGUUUCCGUAACAAUACUAAGCCAGUGAACGAACCUCAACCGUCAGAAUAUACUAUGGCGCAAAUAUAGGAUCCUUACUCUAUUGGACAAAUAUGUUAGCUUAUCAUAAAAUAUGUUUUUGUUUCAUUAUAUGGUAAAAUUUAGUUUUUUUUUCAUAGAUAAUUUUGAACACACGACCACUGCAGUGUUUUGUAUCUUUGAUCAAUAAGUUUUCGUAAUCUAUAAGCAUUCUGCUAGGAGAGUAAACUAGAUAUCUGACAAAACUGAAAU